CGUGAUCAAACCUCCAUAGCGUGAGGAAAUGAGACGUCACAUUUGUGUCGUUUUUAGUGGACUCAAACAAUGAGUCACCCUGGUGGUACAACCCAAAGAUGGAUCCAUCCAAUCAGUCAAGUCUGAUUACUUACUUUCUGUUGGCUUCGGUCUUGGGGAGAAAUUCAAUUUAUGUUUGCUGUUUAAAUAUCUUUUACUCCCGCUGGUUAACAACUGGGGGCAAUUUGGGGGGCCAAUGAAGCUAGCAUGUUUUUGGAAUGGGGGAGGAAACUGUAGAAAAGCCACGCAUGCACGGGGAGAACAUGCUAACUCAUGCUAACAUGGAGAUGGCCCAGGGUGGAAUUGCAGUUUUUCAAAAAUAAUCCAUAAAUUAUUGCUGUUUUGUGGUUGACUAUGGCCAAGUAUUAGUAAAAAUAUAUAGAAAUAGAAGUAAUAUGCGGUAUUGUGGUCAGUAGGCGUCAGUAAUGACAUGACGUUAGAUUCCAUGGCCUUCCACGCUGGAGCUAUCUGCCAUGGCUGAGAUGGAAUUCCAAAAAGGUUUUCCUUUCAUUCAGUGUUUCAUACUGCAGGAGCUGAAGGACUGUACUUCCCUCAGAAUGAGUACAAGGAGACCAUCUACAUCGGCCAGCCAGCAGGGAGCAAAGUCCUCCAGGUCCACGCCAUGCUGGACGGCGAGUUGGAGCAGCCGCACUUCUACCUGUGCUGGUUCAGUGCGGUCAAACGACCCGCUUACAGUUCCUGGUUCAACAUGGACAUCAACACUGGAGUGUUGUCCUUGAACAAAACCUUGGAGGAGAACGACUUUGCCUUUCAAUAUAACCCUCUAUGGUCCGUGAAGAAGCUGGCCCUCCAGGUUAUGGUGCUCCCUAAGUUCACCAAAAAGUCCCUGUGCAUCACUCGGAACAACCCUCGCAUCAUCCUGGACUUUGUCAACGCCACGAUGCCCCAAUGUGCGCAGACCGACAUGACAGAGCUCUGCUUCCCUCACCGAGACACGUUCAAACCACACAUCAUGGAGAACAGGUUCCCGGGGGCCAUCAUGCAGCUUCAGCGUCUCACCAGACACAACGUCUGCCCCAACUACACCAUCUCGUACAGCGUGGAGUCAGAGACGCCCGCCCCCUUUGCUGUGAACCAGAACACCUCGGAGCUGGUGGUGACUGCAGCUUUGGACCGGGAGGAGAGUGAACGUUACAGACUCCUGCUGGUUUGCACAGUCCGGACAGAGACCGCCAUCACUACGCUGGACACGCCUCUGGACGUUUUUGUUUAUGACGAGGAUGAUAACGCGCCCUAUGUGAACGGAACGGAGGCAGCAGAUGUUAUCAUCAGCUUCAAUCGGACCAUUGGUGGCACCUUUGGAAAAUUGUCGGUUUUUGACAGGGAUCUGACCUCCAGCUAUGCCACAGACCAGAGUAGGUAUGUUGAGACCUUGCUCAACACCGAUCCAUGGACGAGGGAAACAUUCCGUAUAAAAAGCAGCUUCAGCGAAAAGAAAGCUGCUGGGAACGGCGUCAGGGAGACCAUUCAUAGCUAUCAGCUGGUCCUCAAGAGGAACCUGCUGGUGACGGAGAAUCGCAGCGUGCAGCUGGACUACCUGGUCAAUGACACCACCUACCCUGGUCUAGAGGGAACCGUGUUGCUUCGCUUCAACGUCACCAUCCUUCCCGUCCGCAUCGACUUUGACAACAUCACCCACAUCUUCACGCUCACACGCAGGGCUUCACUCUACGCUCAGGUCGGAAGAGUCUGUGUGGAAAACUGCCAGCAGUUUGAUGGUUUCAGGAUCACUUACCGGCUCAAGCUGCCCGAUAAGAACAUCUCUGCCGAGGAGCUGUCCUGCUACGCCGCCAUCAGCAUCACGCAGGAACCCGGGGAGAUGUGGGGGCUGCUCUACGUCAACGACUCGGCGCCGCUGCCAAAGCCGGAAUGCCAGGAUCUGCAGUACGUCGUCGUAGCUCAGGAGGAGCACACGCAGAUGGAGGCCAGCACCCACAUCCAAAUCCUUGUGGAUGGUGAAGGAAAGCAGGAUGGCCAGGAGAGCCAGCAGUUCCCGUCCUGUGCGGAGAACAGACGGCGAGGAGACUGCGAGUCCACUCGAGGCUUGGGGGCGACCAGUGGGCGGUGCCAGUGGAGGCAGGGCACUGAAAAAGGGAUUUCUGAGAAUUACUCCACCUGCUCACCCGACCUGCGCUCAUGUCCCGAUAGCUUUUGUGAUGCUAUUGAAAGCAAAGAUGCAUCCAUAUGCCCGCAGGACUGUACAAAAGAGACGGUCAUCGGAGGUCAUGAACUGGGCCUGAGGAACGGGAUCCAGGCGGGCUACGGGACCUGCUACUGCUACACCGAGAGAUGCUUCUGUGAGAAGGAAGAUAUCGAAGAGGUGAUAUGCGACGACAUGUGUAAGACCGUCAUCGCCACGGCCCUGCUCCUCUCCUUCAUCGUCUCCAUCCUGCUGUCGUCAUACUUCAUCCACCGCUACCACAAGAAGUCGCCCAAGGCCCCCAUAGCGUCCGCUGAGAUGACCUUCCGCCGGCCCGCCCAGGCCUAUCCGAUCAGCUUUCCCGCCAACAACCUACGCCGAGGCUCGCAGGAAUCCAUCGAGACUGACACCUUCAAAAUACCCGAGGACCCCAAGUGGGAAUUCCCUCGGAAAAACCUGGUACUCGGCAAGACUUUGGGCGAAGGAGAGUUUGGAAAAGUUGUCAAGGCAACGGCGUUCAGGCUGAAGGGGAAAGCAGGUUACACCACCGUGGCUGUGAAAAUGCUCAAAGAAAACGCCUCCCACAGCGAGCUACGAGACCUGCUGUCAGAGUUCACGUUACUCAAGCAAGUCAACCAUCCUCACGUCAUUAAGAUGUACGGAGCCUGCAGUCAGGACGGUCCGUUAUAUCUCAUCGUGGAAUAUGCCAAGUACGGGUCACUUCGCAACUUCCUUCGCGAGAGCCGGAAAGUUGGGCCGAGCUUCAUGGGACGGGAUGCCAACCGAAACUCCAGCUACCUGGAGAACCCGGACGACCGGGCGCUCACCAUGGGUGACCUGAUCUCCUUUGCGUGGCAGAUAUCCAGAGGCAUGCAGUAUCUUGCCGAGAUGAAGCUGGUUCACAGGGACCUCGCCGCACGAAACGUGCUGGUGGCAGAGGGACGCAAGAUGAAAAUCUCCGACUUUGGACUCUCCAGAGAUGUGUAUGAGGAGGACUCUUACGUUAAGAGGAGCAAGGGCCGUAUACCUGUCAAAUGGAUGGCGAUAGAAUCCCUCUUUGAUCACAUUUACACCACGCAAAGUGACGUUUGGUCCUUUGGCGUCCUGCUGUGGGAGAUCGUGACACUGGGAGGUAAUCCAUACCCGGGUAUUGCACCUGAACGCCUCUUCAACCUCCUGAAGACCGGCUACAGGAUGGAGAGACCAGAGAACUGCUCGGAGGAAAUGUACAACCUCAUGGUCCGAUGCUGGAAGCAAGAAUCCGACAAGAGGCCCACCUUCUCUGACAUCAGCAAAGAACUGGAAAAGAUGAUGGUGAAAAGUCGGGAUUACCUGGACCUGGCAGCGUCCACUCCUGCUGACGCCCUGCUGUACGAUGACGCGCUGUCUGAAGAGGACACGCCCCUUGUGGACUGUAAUAACGCCCCUAUCCCUCGAACCCUCCCCUCCACAUGGAUUGAAAACAAGCUCUAUGGCAUGUCAUACCCCAACUGGCCCGAGAAGAGCCCGGUACCGCUCAACAGACACGAUGCCACUAAUCCGGUCUUUACAAGAUAUGCCAAUGAUAGUGUUUAUGCAAACUGGAUGGCUUUGCCUUCGCCCGCAAAAGCUACGGACAAGCUUGAUAGCUAGACGAGGCAAGACCAGCAACGCUGUAGAAAACAUGUGCUGGUAGAUAUGUAUAUUUCUAUAAAAGUGUGUAUAGACCAUCCCGUGCUGAACUUGCUUCCCUUUCAUUUCUGUUGCACGGGUAUUCAAACCGGGGUCUCUUUUGCUGCAAAACCAGCUGGAUCGACAUGGACCGUGCUUCGUUCAGCCGUGUUGUGCAAAGUUCAUGACCUCGUGGCCACCGUGGUCGGCCAUGUUGUAUCGCUGCAUGACUGUUGUACCAGAUUGUUGUCAGCCUCGAUGUCUCUGAAGUGCCUGUGCCGCUUCCACAAUAGCCUCCAAUAGCCUCCGUACGUUCAUGCGCUACUGUGAAGAUCAUUAAAGGGGCGCCUUUACCAUCAUCUGAUGUGGACAAAAAAUGUGUGCUUUCUACUUUGGAGGACUGUGCUCCAUUAUGUCCAAAGACCGAUGUUCUGUUGUACGCAUAACGUGUUUCAAAAAACAUGAUUAUUUCUUGUUUUCUUCUGCUUCUUCUUCUUGAUUUCUUAAACACGACAAAUAUCAGUAAACGAGUGCUACUCCUGUCUGAUGACUUCAUACAGUAGGCGGUUUUCAUUUUUUGUCAUUGCAAAUAUGGAAGGGAAAAUGGACGGGUGUGUAAACUCAUGAGUAUUGUCAUUGCUAUGUUUUAUUUUCAUUGUUACAAAUAAUAAACACUACAAAUGUA